AUGGGUAAAAAAAAAACCAAGAGAAAAAUCAAACCCAAGAAAAAACUUGUACUUGAAACACAAUUUGAUUGUGUGAUUUGUAAUCACGAGAGAAGCGUUGAUGUGAAAAUGCAAAAAGAAGCAAAAGUUGGAAUUUUAUCAUGUAGAAUAUGUAAUUCAGCUUUUCAAGCAACAAUAAAUCCAUUAAGUGAUCCAAUAGAUGUAUAUUCUGAAUGGGUUGAUUAUACUGAAGAAACUAUGGAAAGUAGAAAAGAUAAUCAUAACAACAACAACAAUAUUGAUUAA